AUGAGUGAGCAAGCGGAUCAAAACCUUUCAUGGGCAAAGGUUAUCCAUGUCCGUCCUAUCCCAACUCAACUGUCUAAUGAGGAGGAUGACUGCAAGAGUAGCGGCACCUUUGAUGUAGAGAACUGCGGUGACUGCUACAUCAGUGAUGUGUCCAGCUGCAUUGAGCUUGAGUUGGACCUUAAGGAGAGCAGGUGUGACAGUGCCCUGAUGACCGACCCUGCUGUCCCGAACUAUCUUGUUCCUCCUCCCUCCGUCAUGUUGGACCUUAAGGAGAGCAGUAUCCCUGCCCUGAGGACCGACCCUGUUGUUGACCUUGGAGACGCCUUUGAUCUCUUUGAGGAUGCCCGCAAGAGCAACAGCAGCACCAUUACCAUUGAAAAAGGAAAUUGUGGUGACUGCUACCUCAGCGACGUGUCCAGCUGCAGUGAGCUUGAGUUGGACCUUAAGGAAAGCAGGUGUGUAAGUACCCUGAAGACUGACCCUGCUGUCCAGAACUCUGGACUUCUGGUCUCUCCCCCAGUCAUGGUGCAGGUGUAUGACCUUCCACCGCGUCCUGCCCGUCCCGUGCUGCAGUGCUGGGAAGACCCCCAGGUGGCCUCUUGCCGGAAGACGGACCGCCUCUUCAGCACCCCAACUGACCACGACUGGGUCAACAUGAGCGUUCCGGCCCUCUACAGGACCGAGAGCGACCUCACCCUGGUCAGCUUGGAUGAGGACGACGCUCCCAGGGCAGGUGUGGAGCCGGUCGCCCCUGUGCUGGUCAGCAGCUCUGGGGGAGCGAGCGCUGACCUAAGCGGUGGUGGCCAGUCUGAGGCCUGGGCGGAGCUGGAGCACGUGCUGGAGAGCAACAUGGCCAGCUUGCAGCAGGAGGUGACGGUUCACCUGGACGGUGUGCAGGACAAACUGACCGCCGAGCUGCAGCUCCGCAAGCGCCUCCGUGAGGAGGAGCGCUGGGCCGAACGCCACCGGCAGGGGGGGCGGCUGGAGAGCCUGCCCAUGUGGCUGCGUCGCCUUGGUGACAUCCUGAAAGGCCUGGUGAAGACGAGGUCGUCCUGGAGAGGGCGCGGGCAAAGUACGCACAGGUGA